AUGGCAAAAAAAAAUCAGGCUGGUGGAACAGAGUCACUUUUCGGCGUUCACGACAGCGAUCUGGAACACCCAAUGAGUGGAUCUGAUGUAGAAAAUGAAGUUUCAGAUGCUGCUAGUGACGAUGAGAACGAUUUUGAUUCGGAAGAGGAGGAAUUGCAAAUUCAAGAGACAAGAAAGAAACUCGGAAUAGUUGAUAAUUUUGCCAAAACUGAAGACAAAGACGACAACGACGAUGAUGAUGAUGAUGAUUCUGAUCAGGAACUGGUGCUGGUACCUGAUGGUAUACAGAAUCAUAAACUCAAGAAACUCACGGCUGAGCAGCUAGAGAAAGAAACUAAGAAAAUCAAAAAGACUGGAGUCUGCUAUCUUUCCCGUAUCCCCCCAUAUAUGAAGCCUUCGACCUUGCGAACCAUUCUCUCCAAAUUUGGAAAGGUAGACAGACUAUUCUUGAAACCUGAAGAUGCAGCUACGUAUAAUAAGAGAGUAAAGUACGGAGGAAACAAGAAAAAAAAUUACACAGAAGGGUGGGUCGAAUUUGUCAAGAAGAGAGAGGCAAAGAUCUGCGCCUCAACAAUGAACGGAAAUAAAAUUGGUGGACGUAAAACGUCGUAUUAUUACGAUGAUAUCAUGAAUAUCAAAUAUUUGCCGAAAUUCAAGUGGCAUGAUUUGACGCAACAGAUCGCCAAGGAGAACGAAGUAAGGCUGGCCAAAUUGGCACUCGAACUUUCACAGCAACAGAAAAUGAACAAGAGUUUUAUCAACAAUGUGGAGAAAUCAAAAAUGAUUAAGAAUAUACAAAAGAAGAGAAAUACUCAGGAUGAAGACGAUGAGAUGCGACGCUUCUAUAAGCAAAGAAAGGUCACCAGCACCAGAGCUGAAGCCAAGGACGACUUAAAGGUCAAAUCAAAACCUGAUGAUAAAUUGACCAAUGUUCUUUCAAAGGUCUUCUGA